UGCUAUUUGGUUAAGCUAGUUAUCUAGAUGUUACUAGACCUUUUUUAGAGUUUUCUGUGAUUGUGGUUACCUGUAAUAUCAAUUUCAAGUUUUGGCUACUUUGGUUAUCUCAGUUAAGGCAAGGUAGUAUGGCUUCCAGUACAUUGUAAGUAGCUGUCUAUGUGUAAUGUGUACUCAUUGUAUUAUGUAAGUAUAUGCGCUGAACCAGAACCUGAACACAAUGGGACUUCUUCAGCUGUGCCUGGUGGUUGCUUUGUGUCUGCAUGUUCACAUGAAUGGACCUGGACAUUACAAUGGGCAGUCAACAUUUCUUCCUUCUGUUCAUCAGCCUUUCAUCAGGAAGCAUUUCCUUAAGACUAGGAUCUCCUAUAGCUCGAACUGCAAUGCCACCUUUCAGAUUGAGCUACUGCAAGAUGGAGAUAUAAACCCUAACCCUGGCCCUGACCAGCAAUUGUCAUCUACAUCGCCUUUGCAUGGGUUAUCUUCCUCUGAACCAGGGAUUCAAUACACUCCAACACAGCUUCGUCAUUUGAAAGGUCGCGGGUCUUCACUACCGGAAAAUGUUCUACGCAUCAUCAACAAACUUCACAUUAAUCGCAGUACAGUCAGAUUUAAUCGUAAAAAGAAAACCAGGAGAGGAACGCGUGGUGGUAAGGGAAAGGAGGUGAGAGACACAAGUAGCAACAGCUCCUCCAUCUCUACUCAUUCCAGUUACCUUCAGUUGUGUACGGUGAAUGUUCGCUCAGUACGUAGUAAGUCAGCAUCGCUUUUGGAUUUCGUUUGUGAAAGUAAGGCCGACUUGUACGCUAUGACUGAGACUUGGUUGACAGAUAAUGACUCUGCAAUCAUCCAUGAUAUCAUUCCUGAUGGUCACCGAUUUGUCCAUUGCCCGCGUACUGUUCGUCGUGGUGGAGGAACUGCUCUUCUCUUCAAGGACAAUCUCGAUGUUCAUCAGGUUCUGGCUGGUGAAAAGAGGUCGUUUGAGUUUGCUUGUUACCAUAUAUCACUCAAAUCUUUCCAACUUAAGCUAAUUAAUAUUUAUAGACCACCGUAUUCUGAUGCUCAUCCUGUACCAAUGUCGGUUUUUAUGUCUGAAUUUAACGACUUUAUACAGGAACACUUGUUGUCCAAUAUACCUGUUAUUAUCACUGGUGAUUUUAACAUUCAUGUCGAUGUUGAUAAUCAAGAGUCUAGGUUAUUCAUGGAUCUACUUGAGUCAUUUUCUUGUAUUCAGCAUGUUGAUUGUAGUACUCAUAUACAUGGUCACACUCUAGAUUUGGUUAUAUCUCGUAAGUCAGACAACAUAAUUGUCGGGCGACCGUGGCCUGGCUCUUUAAUAUCUGAUCAUUUCCCUGUUUUUUGUCACCUGAACUCAUUGAAGUCACAGUUGCCUCCUAAGAAAACAUCCUUCCGUAAAAUUGGUUGUAUGGAUUUGGACUCUUUGAAGGGUGAUGUUGCUAAUAGUUCACUUUGUACUAGUACUCCUGAUGAUCUUAAAGAAUUGGUCACUCUAUAUAAUGAUACACUUAAUUCAAUUUUGAACAAACACGCACCUUUGAUUACCAAGACCGUUUCAUCUCACCCGCAGGUACCAUGGUAUACAAAUGAUGUAAGAACACAAAAAAGAAAAAGGAGAAAGGCUGAAAAGAGAUGGUUGAGAACAAAAUCCUCUCUUGAUUACGAGAAUUUCAAAAUCGCUCGUAAUGAGACCUUAUUUGUUAUGAAUAGUGCUCGACGUACAUACAUGUAUUACUCUGAAAUGAAAACAGUUCUAAUCAAAGAAGUCUCUUUAAUGUUACUAAAUCUUUGCUGA